GGCAAAGUCAACCUCCACAACACGUUGCUGUGAUACCCUUUUCGUGAAACCUACAACCCAAAGAUAAUUUACACUGCAAAAUGAAGGCAUACUGGUUCGACAACCUCCCGGGCGACCAACGCCAACCCCAUGACUCCGGUCGCUCAGUCGACCCAGACUACCUAGAAAAGCUCGGUGUCAUCUACCACAGCGUACCAGAAGUCUCCGGCGUGGAACCCAUUGCUACAUCGCGCAACUACAAGAACCGGGAUGAGAUCAUCGUCAGCCCAGAGAAGAUGGGCGACAUCUACGAAGAAAAAGUCAAGUCGUUCUUCUCCGAACAUCUACAUGAAGACGAGGAGAUCCGGUACAUCCUCGAUGGCGCGGGCUACUUUGAUGUGAGGAGCGAGGGCGACGACUGGGUGAGGAUUUGGCUGGAGAAGGGUGAUUUGAUCAUUUUGCCGCCGGGAAUUUACCAUCGGUUCACUACUGAUGAGCAGAACUACAUUAAGGCUAUGCGACUAUUCAAGGAGGACCCGAAGUGGACGCCGCUAAACAGGGGAAAGGAGACGGAUGAAAACCAGUACCGGAAGCAGUAUCUGACAGAGUACUUGAAGGCUAAGCAGGGCAUUACAGCUUAGUUCCUAAGCUGCUUGCGAGCCUGAUCAUCGUCCUCAGGCAUCGGCAUGGUAACAUAGAUUUUUCCUUCUGACGUAUCCGGCUGCGCGAUCGUGAUUGAUUAUGUUGCUCUCGACUCUGUGGAACAUAGCCAGUUUUCGCAUAUCUUCAAUUCCAUCUCUGUUCCUGUUCAA